AUGGCAAACAUAGCCAAACUUGAGUUCAUCGCCCUUGACAUCUCGGGCAAGAAUUACAUGUCAUGGACUCUUGAUGCUGAUAUUCACCUGAUCUCAAGGGGUCUAGGAGAAACUAUCAAAAAAGGAAACAAAGCGUCCGACCAGGAUCGCGCUAAGGCACUAAUAUUCCUUCGUCAUCACCUUCAUGAUGACCUUAAGACAGAGUAUCUGACUGUCAAAGAUCCACAAGAAUUGUGGAUGAACCUCAAAGACAGGUUUGAUCAUCAAAAGACUGUCGUCCUUCCUAAAGCUCGUUACGAGUGGAUGCAUCUAAGACUGCAAGACUUUAAGUCUCAACAAUAUAGAGAGCGGGGUUUCAAAAAGUAUUCAGAAUUAAUAGCUUGUUUGUUGGUUGCCGAGCAAAAUAAUGAAUUGCUCUUGAAAAAUCACGCACUCCGCCCCACCGGUUCCGCUGCAUUGCCUGAAGCCAAUGCAACUUUCAACCAUGAUAAUGGACGUGGUCGUGGGAACCAACGUGGACGUGGGCGUGGACGUGGACGUGGAUAUGCUCGUGGUCGUGGACGCGGUAAACCACAUGAUGCAACCUUUAGCAACAAAAAGCAUAAAGCAUCCAACGAGCACAAUUCAUACAAAAAGGAAGGUGAAUGCCAAAGGUGUGGUAUGACAGGACAUUGGGCACGUACUUGCCGAACAGCAAAACACCUUGCAGAUCUAUAUCAAGAUUCAAUCAAGGGAAAAGGCAAGAAGGAGUCCAAUAAUGUUGACUUUGACGGUCCAAUUGAUACUACUCAUUUAGAUGUCUCCGACUUCUUUGAUGACCCAAAAGGAGAUAAUAUAGAUCAAUUGAUCGGUGGUGGUGUGCUUGAAGAUAAUAAUAUGGACACCGUUUAG